GAAAGUUGUGGAAUGUUCGAUUAAAAAUCCAAAGUAUGAAAUGAAAGCACUUGAACUUUGACGUAUCCGGCGAAGUAAAAUUUACAUCGAAAAACUGUUGUGUUAGUCUUGGUGUGGUCAUUGAUUAAGCCGAUUUCUUGUAACGUUUGCUUAGAUAUUGCGAUUCUCUGGUAAAAUUUCGCGGCAAAAGGCAACAAACACUGAUUGUCAGGUCACGAACCUCUUGACCAAUUACUUUGCUCGAUUUACGUCACGUGCCUUGUAAGUGAUAUGGUCGUUGUGAUACAGAAAAUGGCGUCUGUAUACUCCGGUUAUUGUAUCUUCGUGGAGAAGAGCAAAACACUUGAAAAUUCGACGUGUUUCGCAAUACGAGUUACCGGCAAUGGGAAAGGAAAGGUAAAAGGAAUUCAAUGCCCCAAGUGAGUUCAACUGGGCUAUGUAAAGGUACAUUGGCACAAACUCAACAAGGAAAGGUUUUGAUUUAGUGAUUUUAAAAUGAAGGACAAUCCCAAAGUGGAGAGAAAUGGUAGUACUGAAGAAGCCAGCACUCUUGAAGUGCUGAUCUCUCUGCCAGACAAAAAAACCCAGAAGCUUUAUCAUUUUGAUGUACUUGACAAAGUAUGGACUGCCAAGCUACAAGUGGUUAAUGAGCUUAUUAAGGGUGUUAAAGAUGCUAUGAAUUAUGGCUUUUAUGACCCUCCUUGCAAUGGAAAGUCGGGGAAGUUUCUUGAAGAGGAAAGACCAUUUGUUGAUUACCCCUUGUCAGGUUCUCCUCCAGUUCUUGAGUUUAAAGUCAAAAGAAGAAUUUACCGUUCUAUGGUUUAUGAACAAAAAACUCUACAAAAAGUUAAUGCAAAGCCAAAUCAGCGAAAGUUCAUGGAGUUGGUCUCUUCCAAUGCAGUCAGCCAAGUUGCUAAGAUGGCAGAAAGAGGAAUUGAUCCUAAUUUUCAUGAUGAAAGAUCUGGAGAAACUCCACUGUCUGUGGUAGUGACCAAAGACAAUGCUUGUGAAAUGAUAGUCACACUGGUGAAUGGUGGAGCUUUACUGGACUACAGGACGAAAGAGGGGUUGACACCUCUUCACCGAGCAGCUGCCUCUGGAAAGGCAAUGUCUGUGAAGACUCUCUUAGACUUUGGAGCUUCACCAAAUUACAAAGACUUAAAGGGUCUCACACCAUUAUUCCACACUGUACUACAUGGGGGUGACCCGUACUGUUGUGAGAUUCUGCUCAAUGAUCAUGCCGAGCUUCACAUCUCUGAUCAUCAAGGCAUGCAGGAAAUACACUUGGCUUGUAAAAAUGGUCUUGUUCAACACCUGGAGCAUCUGUUGUAUUAUGGGGCUGAAAUCGAUGCUCGCACAGCAACAGGAAACACAGCAUUACACGUGGCAGCAUUAAAUAAUCAGGAUGAAUGUGCCAGAGUGUUGCUGUUCAGAGGAGCGAAGAAGAAUAUUCUAAACUUCGCCAAUCAAUCUGCUUACGAGGUAGCAGCCGUUAGUGGGAAUAAAGGACUUGCUGAGUUAAUUAGGAAUUUCAGAGACAAGGAUAUAGUCAAAUUCUCCGGGAAGCCCACUUACAGUACCCGCCGUCGUAAAUCCGUUUCCAAGCCGAAGGCAUCUUCGUUGUUUCCUCGGACAUCUUCGGAUACUCAGCUGUCGGUGCAGAGCGACUCCUCGCCGCCAUCGCCGGGCUCGUCAACACACAGUGUACCAUCAUCUACCACGGCCUCAGAAACGGCAUCGGUUGAGGAACACAACAUAACAAUGAAUGGCGAUAUCGAAACCGAUAAGGACUCAGAAGAGAAGUGGAACAGAACUCUGUCUAUGAGCUCCACGGCUUCAGACUCGUCGUAUUGUUCGGAGUCAGACUCGGGUGAGCUGUCCCCGCGCGAAGAAAAACGAAAGAAGAGAUCAUGGCAUCAGUACUCGAUGCCAAACAUAUCGGGGAAAUCUGUUGUACCACCUGUCAAGGUGGUUUCUGGAGCAGCAACAAUCCGCAAGAGACUAUACGCUAGCAAUCCUGGCAAACGAUUCGUGGCCGUCAGGGAUUAUCGACCUGAAAUGGCAGGAGAGCUCGCGCUCGUGAAAGGCGAUGAAGUCGAAGUGUUGUAUGUUGGUGAAAAAGGCUACUGGGAAGGUCGAGUAGGAAAUUCAACAGGCUGGUUUCACCAUUCAUAUGUGCAAGAAAAGAAAGGCAAAGGUAAAAGUCGACCGAAGACGCUGUUUGGUCGGCCACCGUCACAAGCCAAGAGUGACUUCCAAGAUAUGAUCCAUAUUGGUUCAGUGAACGCUGCUGAACCUCCUCGGCUAGUUACUCUGAAAAGAACUGGUGUAGGAUUUGGAUUUCAGAUGAGAGGAGCGAACUCGCAAGUUCCACGACUGAAUUUUGUACCUACGCCUGAGUUUCCAGCUCUUCAGUACUUUGGAGAACUUGAAAAGGGUGGACAGGCAGACUUGCAAGGUGUAAAGACAGGAGAUUUCAUAUUAGAGGUCAAUGGCGAGGACGUAACCACGGCAACGCAUGGUCACGUGGUAGAAUUGAUUAAAUUGAGUGGCGAUACAGUCACGUUAAAAAUAGCGACGGUGAAGAGUCCAUCGGUAAAUGGAACGGACCAUCCAGAUGGUAAAGGUUUCAAACUUCCCCCGGCUCCCCCUGACCGUGACCCGUCUACGACACUGACCCUGGGUCGAAUGACUACACUGUCAUCCAGUCGACCCUCGCUCUUUGUUAAUGCGUUUUUAGAGUUAACCAGUAAUUCAAUUUUGUUGUUUCUGCAGGUAGCAGCCGUUAGUGGGAAUAAAGGACUUGCUGAGUUAAUUAGGAAUUUCAGAGACAAGGAUAUAGUCAAAUUCUCCGGGAAGCCCACUUACAGUACCCGCCGUCGUAAAUCCGUUUCCAAGCCGAAGGCAUCUUCGUUGUUUCCUCGGACAUCUUCGGAUACUCAGCUGUCGGUGCAGAGCGACUCCUCGCCGCCAUCGCCGGGCUCGUCAACACACAGUGUACCAUCAUCUACCACGGCCUCAGAAACGGCAUCGGUUGAGGAACACAACAUAACAAUGAAUGGCGAUAUCGAAACCGAUAAGGACUCAGAAGAGAAGUGGAACAGAACUCUGUCUAUGAGCUCCACGGCUUCAGACUCGUCGUAUUGUUCGGAGUCAGACUCGGGUGAGCUGUCCCCGCGCGAAGAAAAACGAAAGAAGAGAUCAUGGCAUCAGUACUCGAUGCCAAACAUAUCGGGGAAAUCUGUUGUACCACCUGUCAAGGUGGUUUCUGGAGCAGCAACAAUCCGCAAGAGACUAUACGCUAGCAAUCCUGGCAAACGAUUCGUGGCCGUCAGGGAUUAUCGACCUGAAAUGGCAGGAGAGCUCGCGCUCGUGAAAGGCGAUGAAGUCGAAGUGUUGUAUGUUGGUGAAAAAGGCUACUGGGAAGGUCGAGUAGGAAAUUCAACAGGCUGGUUUCACCAUUCAUAUGUGCAAGAAAAGAAAGGCAAAGGUAAAAGUCGACCGAAGACGCUGUUUGGUCGGCCACCGUCACAAGCCAAGAGUGACUUCCAAGAUAUGAUCCAUAUUGGUUCAGUGAACGCUGCUGAACCUCCUCGGCUAGUUACUCUGAAAAGAACUGGUGUAGGAUUUGGAUUUCAGAUGAGAGGAGCGAACUCGCAAGUUCCACGACUGAAUUUUGUACCUACGCCUGAGUUUCCAGCUCUUCAGUACUUUGGAGAACUUGAAAAGGGUGGACAGGCAGACUUGCAAGGUGUAAAGACAGGAGAUUUCAUAUUAGAGGUCAAUGGCGAGGACGUAACCACGGCAACGCAUGGUCACGUGGUAGAAUUGAUUAAAUUGAGUGGCGAUACAGUCACGUUAAAAAUAGCGACGGUGAAGAGUCCAUCGGUAAAUGGAACGGACCAUCCAGAUGGUAAAGGUUUCAAACUUCCCCCGGCUCCCCCUGACCGUGACCCGUCUACGACACUGACCCUGGGUCGAAUGACUACACUGUCAUCCAGUCGACCCUCGCUCUUUGAAAUGAGUAUGGGUGAUAGUUACGAAGAGCCUGCGAACUACCGUGUAGACAGCGUCAUUACAGUUUCAAAGGAAAAUCGUUGGCACAGUCUUCAAAGACAAAAGCCUCAAGCUCGUAAACCAGUGGGAGUGCAAAUGAAAGGACAAUCUCUAGCGAAGCGUAAUUCAAGUGUUGAUCUAAGAUCAGGGAAAACCACUUAUCAAAGAGCUCAGUCUGUGCAAAACAUGCUGCCUCCAUCUUACGACUCUGUUGUUGGCAAGCGUCCUCUUUCAGCCGCGGUUCCUGUGGCCAUGCCAGUCGUCCCUAACGAUCCCAGGCUGUUACGCUCCGUAUCGGAGGAUAGGACUGCGCUAUCAAAAUACGCCAUGACAUCCAAGUCGACUCCGAAUCUAGAUAAUCCAGUUAACGAGUCUGACUUGAUGAACGGUCACGGCUCCCCCCCGAACGAAGCCAGGCGUGACUUGGCGUAUAACCAGCCAUUCAGCUACGCUACUCUGGACAGAAGCAAACUAAGAUCAGCAAGCUCCAGUAACGUGGAGACAACAGUUGUAGCUACGCCUGUGAAAGCCACCGUGGUUGCGGUGGAGAGCAGGGAAGCCAAGCCUGAGAGAACAGUGGUAGCAACUCCAGUGGAUGUAUUCGAAUCAAGCCCGGCAGUUGAAACAAGUGCCUCUAGGGCGCAAGUAAAACCUUCAGGCGGAGAUGAGACGGUAGCAAACAAGCCAGAGAAACCCCCUGUUCCCCCGAAACCCCGAACUCUAUCAGAUGCACUUCAGGAAGCUGUCGCGGCUAGAGCCCAGCGAAUGAGUCGAAAGUCGUCUGCUCCUGAAACCGAGGCCCCAUCAGCAUUUAAACCGACGGAUCCGAAAGAGAGAAAAACCAGCGCUCCGGCGAAAUUCACCCCUCGUAAGAAGGUGGAAUCAUCGGAGAAAGUUCGCAGUGAAAUAAUGACUUGUCUCGAAGAGCAAUUCGUUGAAGUUGAUAGUAAGUGUGACAGAUCAUCAGUGGAAACUAAUGGAACUGAGCGAUAUAAUACGAUGCCUCGACAACAACAGAGAAGUAAUAAGGACGGUUCUUCUCUUACCUCAAAGGGUGAAGGCAGUGAUUUAAACAAACCGGGGCUUGUGUUAGCCUCUUCAGCUGAUAUCUAUCGUCGUUACACCUCUCCGACCUCCCCUACACGUGACAUGAACAGGCAGUCUUCCAUAGAUUCCACGGAGACUGGCCGUAAAAGUAGCGUGACGAGGAGUGAGAAAUUUAAGAGACAGUUAUCCGAACCAGUCAGCAUUGAUCGUCAACCCCGUGCAACUGCUAACCAGUCUACACCACCGGUUCCUCCUCUUAUUUCGCCUGGCGUCCGUGCCAAACCCUCGGUACCACCACCACCUUCUCUUCUCACUACAAAGAAAAAGGACGUUCCCGCGACACCAGUUGUUAAUGGGCUCAUUACAGCAGAUGCGUUAUCUGCUAAGAAAUCGAAAUUGAAAUCUGCCGCGAAGGAUAAUGCAACUUCUUCGGCCCCAGCCUCUGGCGGUUCGCACAAUUUCGCCGUGCAACAUACCGAUUUACUGGCAAAGGCUGUAGCUGCGCGCGCAGCUCGCAUUUCGACCCAGACUCAUUCAGAAACUGACUCAACCACAGAAGGGCACACUGAGAAGCAGGCUGACAAGCAGACUGACAAGCAGAGUCAUAAUACAGGCAUCGAGAAACAAUUUCAUUCUCCCGAAAAGAAUAAUAACAGAGUAAAAUCUCUCGUGUUGGAGGCGAGAGCAGUGAAUUCUCGCGGGAAACCCACGCCUCCUGUUCCUCCAAAGAAGCGUUUAAGCUCACCAGAUAUGAAACAACGUAGGCAAAAAGGAGAUGAACCUACUGUUCAACGGAAGUCUUCUUUGUCAGGUAAUCAAUCGCCUGGUAGUGCAACAGAACGGUCUCUUCCGUUUGAAGUUCCUGCUCCGGUUUUGUCAGAGGAGGAUAGAUCCGUUAUGCUGUUAGAUGAGGUUAUUAGAAAAGAAGCGGAGAGUGAAAAUUGGAGUUUGAAUUCCUGGAACAGUGGCAGUGAUUCAAGCAACGAGAUAUUUGUUCCUCCGCCUGUAUGGCCGUCGGAGCAGCACGAACUGAACGUGGAAAAUACAACCAGACCGUGGUACGAAUGUAGCUCUCAAUCAGAGGAGAGCAUUCCUAGCAAGACAACUGAGCCUGAGAGAUUUAACAAGACUAUAACGACAAAGAAAGGCUUCCAAAUUAAGCUGACAUUUGAAUCUAAACGAGAGGACCCUAAACCUGUAAGGACUUCACCUCGAACGGAUUACAAUGACAUCGAUGUUGUUGAGCCGGUAACACCAACACUGAAGGAUUCUGCGAGAACGGAUUCCAUCACUAGAACAGAUUCACAACCGGUUACUCCACUUGAAAUUGUGGGCUCUAUAGAGCCGCAUAUUGACGAUGAGUUAAACACGCCUAUUCCAGACAAUGCAAAUGAAAAUAGUAACUUUGAAUUACCGCCGCCUCCACUACUAUUUACAGACUCUGCUGAUGAACCUUACGUGGCGUUAGAGUCCCCUCCACUACCUCCCCCACCGGAAUUUUCUCCCAGGGAACCAAAGGCGCUAGCAUUUUACCCUCGAGAAGACCGCGACGACAUGGCUAGCCCUUCUCCAUCGGCAGGGAGCGAUGACAGCAAUAAGGAAACAGUGCCGUUCACAGAUAUUUCGUCUAUAUUUGGUGGAUAUUCUCGGCCAAUGCAAGCGUACAUGGAGAAACCAGUGUUAGACUGGGAUUGCGAUGACGUGUGUCACUGGCUGGACUCUAUAAGCAUGGCUCAAUAUAAGGACACGUUCAGAGAAAACGAUAUCCAGGGAGCUCAUCUUCCUGAUCUAACAAAGGCUGAACUGCGUGAGCUGGGAGUCAAAAGCCUGGGGCACAGAAUGACUCUGGAGAACGCCAUAGCACGGUUGUCACAACCAUUGGAGUCCAACUGUUAGUUGGGGUAAAGAUAGAUUUGUUUUGCCCGGCUUCUGUCUAGAAGAAUUCUCAGAUAUGUGUUUAUGUUAUCUGGGUAAAGAAAGAUUGGUCUUCCGGUGUCUCUCUGGAAGAAUUCUCACGUGUGUCUCUACUUCAUUCAGUCUAUAUUUACAUACAUAGCAUCUAUGUCGACGCUGUUUACGUGGUGUGGGAUUCUUUUAGCAAAGAUAAGAAGGCGACUUUCAUUUCACGCUGUUUGCUAAGAUCUAGCCGGUGUAUGUGGCCAUACCAUAGCCUUGUGUAAAAGUGAUUAGUUUCGCAAAAUUUUAUUUUCAUGCAUGAAAAAUAAGUUAAAUUUUUUGCUGUUUUAACAUAUAGUGCGAAGAAAUCCAUGUCAUUUGGUGUCACCUCCAUGUUCUAAUUACAGCUCAGCGAGAUGUCACCAAUCGUUCGUUGCCCACCCGGGUGGUAAGAAUGUUAAGUUCCAUCGGCGAUAAAGAUAGAGCAGAAAAAUAACUAUUGGCAAAAUGAACAAAUCACUGAGGAUUUGUGAUGCUUAGUCCUAACUCACAUCUGUGGCAUGUUAAAUUAAAUCACACUGAAAGCCCGGGGAGGGGAGGGGAGGGGGGACUCACUUAUAAAAAGAAUUAGGGUGCUCGUCGGAAAUUUUGAAAAGAACCCCUAAGAGGUACCAAGAGCCUGUUUUGUGGGCGUGGCUUGACUUUU